GUGAAGUGAUUUACAACAAAGUGGAUAGUGAUGGAUGUAGAUUUUAUGCCAUCUGUAGUAGAACAUGUAAGAUUGAACGAUACACUGUACAUUGUAAUGUUACUACUCCUCUAACCACUACUUCCACUGAAUGGUCUACCGUAACACCACGAGUUCCUCCAACCACCAGUCCUACCAUUCAUAUUCACGGUUGUACUUCUCCUUCUUAUCCUCCCCUACAGCCUGGAGAAACACACAAAUUAUCCGACUGUACAGAAGUCCACUGUAAGGGAGACAACAAGGUGGACAUAAUUCCAAUAUACUGCCCACCUGUAAAGGAAAUUACCUGUGCGAACAAAUAUCCAGCAAUACUGGUACCUGAUGAAAACGGCUGCUGUUACCGCUAUGAGUGUCAAUGUGUGUGCAGUGGAUGGGGUGAUCCUCAUUAUCUUACUUUUGAUGGAACCUACUAUACUUUCCUUGAAAACUGCACUUACGUCCUGGUGAAACAGAUUGUACCUAAAUAUGACAACUUCCGUGUUUACAUCGACAAUUAUUACUGCGCUUCAAAAGAUGGACUUUCCUGCCCUAAAUCCAUUAUUAUUUUCUACAACUCUGCAGAAGUGGUCCUGACCCGUGAACGUGUGCAUGGUGUGAUGACCAAUGUGAUGUACUUCAACAAAAAGGUUGUCAAACCAGGCUUCAAAAAAGAUGGCAUUUCUUUCUCCACACUUGGCAUCAACAUGAUCGUUCAAAUACCAGAGAUUGGUGCAACCAUCACUUUCAGUGGGAUGAUUUUCUCCGUGAAACUCCCAUUCAGCAAAUUUGGCAACAACACCGAAGGACAAUGUGGAACAUGUACAAAUAACAAAUCAGAUGAAUGCCGCUUACCAAGUGGUAAGAUUUCUUCCUGUCCCGAAAUGGCUCAUCACUGGAUCGUUGACAAGGACAAGUCAUGCCAUGGAGUACCACCACCAUUACACGUGACCACACCUCCACCAAAGCCUCACUGUGAAACACCUCCUCUCUGCAAGCUUAUCUGGAGCAAAAUUUUUGCAGAAUGCCAUGCUGUGAUACCACCAGAACCAUUUUUCAAAGGCUGUGUUUUUGAUGGAUGUCGCAUACAUGAUGAAUCAAUGCAGUGUUCCAGUUUGGAGAUAUAUGCUACAGAAUGUGCUGCUAGAGGUGUCUGCGUUGACUGGAGAAGAAAGACCAACAAUAUAUGCCCAUACAAUUGUCCAGCAAACAUGGUAUACAAGCCAUGUGGGCCCAUUAAUCCUGCUACCUGUGAUCCAAGCGAUGUUGAGCUUCCUGGCUAUGGAGUAACUGAAGGAUGUUUCUGUCCUGAAGGAAAGUCACUCAUCACUGAAGACAGCAUCACCUGUGUCAAUGAAUGCUCUUGUAGGGAACCAAAUGGAGUAACCAGACAACCGGGAGAAAAAUGGACAAAAGAUUGCCAGGACUGUGUCUGUGAUAAAAAUACUCUUAAAGUGCACUGCACAAAGCACGAGUGUCCUCUGACACCACAAGUAUUUUGUGAUGAACCAGGACAUGGCUGCGUAGUCAAUGAAACCUACUAUGCACCUGGAGCUGUCAUUCCAUCAGGCCCCUGUGAAGAAUGCAUCUGCUCUGAAUCCUCUUACUCAAGACCUGACCAUGCUACUGUCAGGUGUGAGCCUGUUAUCUGUGACACAUACUGCCCAGCGGGUUAUAAGUAUACAAAGAUACCUGGACAGUGCUGCGGCACAUGCAAGGCAGACGCUUGUAUAGUGACUACGGAAAACAACAUCACACGCGUACUUCAAGCUGGAGAAUUCUGGAACUCACCUGGUGACAACUGUACAAUUUACACAUGUGAAAAAUAUGACGACCAGUUCAUUCAAGUCGUCUUCCAGAAAAGCUGUCCUCCCUUUAACCCUGAUGACUGUCAUCCAGAUGACAUCAAGCUAUCUGAAGAUGGAUGCUGUAAAGAGUGCCACGUAAAACUGAGAACUUGUAUGAAGCACAAUACUACUACUUUCAUCAAAUAUCAUGGAUGUGUAUCUUCUGAACCUGUUGAGAUGACACACUGUGAAGGCAGCUGUGAUGCUUACUCACGAUAUUCUCUAGAGGCGAACACAAUGGAACACAAAUGUUCGUGUUGUCAGGAAGUCAAGACCAGUCAAAGAAAGGUGACUCUGACGUGCAGUGACGGAACCUCCCUGGAUCACACAUACACCUAUGUGGAGAAAUGCAGCUGUGAGAGGAGUGAGUGCAUUCCCCAUGACAGCACCCAACAGGGAACGAAGGCCCCUCAGGAACAAGUGAAUGUCUAA